CACUGGGCCGGGCCUGUCCCGAGUUGGAGCUCCCGGCCCUAGUUUAGCGUCCUGUUCUUGAGGGGUGGUUCUGGUGUGUUGUGACUGUUGCAGGGCGAGCCGGGGCGCAGUGCCUCGGGGGGCCUCCGCGGCCGCCGGCGCUCGCUGCCCGCACCCCGCUGGGAGUUGUAGUCCGGGGUGCGGGGUUUGGGGGCGGGGGGGAGGCUCCUCAGCGCCGACUCGGCGGCCAGCGGCCUCGCACCCGGAGCAGCGCCGCACGUGGAGCCCGCGCCUCCGCCGUCCUCGCCGGCUCGGGCCCAUUGUGGAGCGGGACUAAUCUUUUGAAAUACUUCAACCAUGACUAAGAGAGAAGCUGAGGAGCUGAUAGAGAUUGAGAUUGAUGGGACAGAGAAAUCAGAGUGCACAGAAGAAAGCAUUGUCGAGCAAACCUACACCCCGGCGGAAUGUGUGAGCCAGGCCAUAGACAUCAACGAGCCAAUAGGUAAUUUAAAGAAGCUGCUGGAACCAAGACUGCAGUGUUCAUUGGAUGCUCAUGAAAUAUGCCUGCAAGACAUUCAGCUGGAUCCAGAGCGAAGUUUAUUUGACCAAGGAGUAAAGACAGAUGGAACUGUACAGCUUAGUGUACAGGUAAUUUCUUACCAAGGAAUUGAGCCGAAGCUGAACAUCCUUGAAAUUGUUAAAACUGCGGAAACUGUUGAAGUGGUCAUUGAUCCCGAUGCUCACCAUGCUGAAGCUGAGGCACAUCUUGUUGAGGAAGCUCAGGUGAUAACCCUGGACGGCACCAAGCAUAUCACCACCAUUUCAGAUGAAACCUCAGAGCAGGUGACGAGAUGGGCUGCCGCGCUGGAAGGUUACAGGAAGGAACAAGAACGCCUCGGGAUACCCUAUGAUCCUAUACAGUGGUCCACAGACCAAGUCCUACAUUGGGUGGUUUGGGUCAUGAAGGAAUUCAGCAUGACUGACAUAGAUCUCACCACACUCAACAUUUCCGGAAGAGAAUUAUGUAGUCUCAGCCAAGAAGAUUUUUUUCAACGAGUCCCUCGGGGAGAGAUUCUUUGGAGUCAUCUGGAGCUUCUUCGAAAAUAUGUGUUGGCAAGCCAAGAGCAACAGAUGAAUGAGAUAGUCACCAUCGAUCAACCUGUGCAAAUUAUUCCCGCUUCAGUGCAGUCAGCCACACCCACUGCCAUUAAAGUCCUGAACAGCAGUGCCAAAGCAGCCAAAGUCCAGAGGGCUCCACGGAUUUCAGGAGAAGACAGGAGCUCACCUGGGAACAGAACAGGAAACAAUGGACAGAUCCAGCUGUGGCAGUUUUUGCUAGAACUCCUUACUGACAAAGAUGCCCGAGACUGUAUUUCAUGGGUUGGUGAUGAAGGUGAAUUUAAACUAAAUCAACCUGAGCUGGUUGCUCAGAAAUGGGGACAGCGUAAAAAUAAGCCUACAAUGAACUAUGAGAAACUCAGUCGUGCAUUAAGGUAUUAUUAUGAUGGGGAUAUGAUUUGUAAAGUUCAAGGCAAGAGAUUUGUGUACAAGUUUGUCUGUGACUUGAAGACUCUUAUUGGAUACAGUGCAGCAGAAUUGAACCGUUUGGUCACAGAAUGUGAACAGAAAAAACUCGCCAAGAUGCAGCUUCAUGGGAUUGCGCAGCCAGUCACAGCAGUAGCCCUGGCCACUGCUUCGCUGCAAACAGAAAAGGAUAAUUGAGGCCAACACCCGUGGGAGUCUUUCCUACAUAUUCUGAGCAGGGAUUGCUCUUACCUUUAUUACUGAAUUUGAAUCUUCUUUUAUUUCCAGAAUGUACAAUCCAAUGCAUGAUUUUUAUAUAAAUAUUUCAUACUCUUGUGAAUUGGAUCUUUUUACUUUGAGCAUAUAUUUUAGAAUAUGUGUUUGUUAAAAGGUCACCACAUUAUCUGCAGCGUGAAAGCAGAUUUCUUGUGGGGUAGUUUGUUCACAGUCAGGAAAGCUAUAAGUGGUCAGUAUUAAUGUCUAGCCCUACCAAAAAUAGCCAGUGGCAUCUGAAGAUGGAAAAUAAAUGAAGUAUCUCCAGGAAACAGUCUGGCUUAACUAUUUUUGAAACUGUAACUUUACUCUCUGCUGCUUUAGAUGUUGCUUUACAUAGAACCAGAAAACGGAGUUUCUUAGCUAGAGCAUGUGUGCCUGUCUCAUCUAAUCAAGCAGAGCUAAAAUGUUCCUAUCAAAUAAAAUUAUAAUAUUAGUAAAUUACUAAGCUGAGUAUCAGAUUAUUAAAGUAAUUUAUAUAUUUGCAAGUAAAGGUUGGUAAGUUGACUGGCAGACAGCAGUGCUGAAGACGAUGGUUGGAAUGGCUAAACUAGGCCAUUACAGAUUUUCUAUAUAGAUUAUAAUGUCAGGCCAAGAACUUAAAUUAUUUUGAAAGAGGCAUUUAAUUCUAAUAAACCAGCUCUUAGAGAAGUUCUAAAAUCAUCUCUUUUUCCUUUCAGAGAUUUAAAAAUUGAAAAGGUAUACCUCAG